UUUCAAUCGCACGUUCAUAGCGUGCCUUAUCCGAAUACCUAUUUCUUCGAAGACAUUAUAACUAGAAAAUACCUUUUUUCGUCGUCUUGCGCCCCCCUAGCGAUAAAGAUGGAGAAUAUUCCUUACUCAGAUUCUGAUUUGACUUUUACGGGCUUUGAAGGCGCCAUAAGCACCCGUGUUAUGAACCAUCCGCAUCGCUCUUUUGCUUUCGAAGUGACGUUCGAUCUAGCUCACCCGCGUCUCAUCGCUUUAGGAUCGCAGAAGCCUCCUCUUCAUUUCCACCCGUAUCAGGAAGAGUACGUGCAGGUAUUGACGGGCUGCUUGGCUGUAGAGGUAAACGGACGUGAAGUCAUAUUGAGUCCAAGCGAUGGCGAGUUUUGUCUACGACCAUGGGUCGACCAUCGGCUAUACCCACCACCAAUUCCUUCUCAAGAUGCACAGAAAGAAGCCGCGUCGACGCUAGAUAGCACGACGAAAUUUCUACUUUCAGGCCAACAGACAUUAAAGGCCUUUAAACUUGAUAACGUAUUUUUCCAGAGUUGGUAUGCGUACCAGGACGAGGUUGUGAUUGGUGGCAAGAAAGUUGAUCCCAUUCAAGUCGUGUCGACAUUCGACGCAGGAGGAUCAUAUCUGUCGUUGCCGUGGUGGGUUCCUUUCAGGCAUAGGAUUUCCCAAGCCGUUAGUAUCUUGGUUGGAAGGUGGCUUGGGGGUUUAUUAAGAUACCAGCCGUUCUAUCGCGAAUGGCUGACCGAAGAAAAUUGGCAACUGGCCUGUGAGAAGAUGGAGUCUUCAUAUUUUCAGAGACGAUUCGCAGAUCGUAGGCACUCAAGUUGAGCAAUCAGUCUUAUAUGCGACCGUUUUCUACAUGAUUUCAACUCAGAUACAGGUAGGUAUACGUUUAGAAGCCAUCAUAAAUGAUAUGGAUCAAUAUCAAAGUAUUACUAAG